AUGGAUGACAAUCCUCGAGCUGCUGUUUUCAACAUGGACAGGCUGUUGGCAGUUCUCCUUGUCUUCACCAUUCUCGGCGCUUCCCAGACUGUCUUAGCCUUGGACAGACUUGCAGAAGACUUGGCUUUGGUGAUGGCUGGCUUAAGAAGAUGCUUCCAAAGUUAUUGCUGUCCUAUGGAAUACAGAUGCAGUUCCGGGCUCAAAUGCGUUGAUGGAACAAGGUCUACUCCAAUGGUAAGGUGUAUUACAGGAUAAAAAUUGUUAGCAACAAGACAUUUCUCAAAAAGAAUUGGAAGAUCCUAUUUACCAUUCAGAAUUUUAUGCUUUUGAAAAAUGAAACAAAAAAAUACAUAUUUUUUCUCUUUGAAACAACUGUAAAGUCUUUUUAAUAGUUAAGAAGUUUUGGAACGUUAGACAUUUUUUUUUUUUUAAUUUUUGCUCUUUUAGAAGUCCUGAAUUUGUCAAUAUGCAUUAUUAUAAACGUUUUAAAAAUAUCUGUAUUAAUAAGAUUUUAGUCAAACAUCUCUAAUAAUAACCCGUGUGAAACAUUUGUUUUAGAAACCGCAUUUAUGGGCAUAUUAAUGUUGUUUAUUCACAAGUUUUUGAUGCAAGAAAUUAUAUGUUUUAACUACGUUAAGUUCCUUUAUAAAUCUUGAAAAUUUGGUUGUAUAUCAAUAUUUAUGUAUAAAAGAAUCUAUUUAUGUAUCUAAAUCAAUAUUUAAUGUCUUCUUAUAAUAAAUAACUUUAGCCAUAUAAUGGAGAGUAGAGAAAUUUCUUCUCAACUUGAAACUCCAAUCUACAGAAAUCUCUAAUAAAAUGCCAAGUAGGCACGAACAAUAAAAGUUUGUAAUUUCAUUAUUAUUAUUAUUAAUAUUGCAUUGUUAUUCCAAGAAGGAAUAAUACUAUCAUAAAUCCCUGUAUAACUUGUGUCUUUCACUUUUCAACAAAAAAUAAAACUACAGAUCAGGGCAAUCCAGAUAAAAAUGAGCUCAAAACAUUAAUGAACCUUAAACAUGCUCUUUAUUGACUAAUGAUAAACUUUAUUUUAGAGUAAAUUUCGAAGGUAAAAUAUUUUAUAAUUUUUAUUUUCCAUCCCUAUUCAAGAGGCUUAAAUUAGAUAUUUUUAGAUAUAAGGAGAUAGUUUCAAUGGUUCGGUAUAAUGAAUAAAACACCGAGUAAUUUAAAUUUAAAUCGAAAAAACAUUGUAUUAAUAUAAUAAAAGUCGAAAUCCCGCAUCAAUUUAUUGUAACAUUUUGGAUUUGUGUCAUACUGGAGUCCAUUUUUAUUAGGAUUUUAAUACAAUAGAAUAGAAAAAUCAUCUAUAUUCUGGGACUACGUCAGUUUAGAAUAACAGUAUUAUUCAUAUAAAUUAACCAUAAAUCUGGCCAAAAGCCUAUUACAAUGAAUAAUAACAAAUAAGUAUAAUAGCUCUUAGGAUAUAUUAACGAGAACAGUUGGGUAAUAGGGGUUCAGUACUACAAUAUUGAAGCUAAAACAAUAGCAUAAUAAUCACUGACUGAAAUUAGAAAGGAAAACAAAAUUAAUUUUAUAGGUAAAGCAUUGUAGUGAUGGAAUAUAAAAAUUAAAAAUAAUAAUAAUAAUAACUGUUAAUAUGUAAAGAAAUAAAUUGUUAAAAAAAAAUAAAUAAAAAAUAAAAUGAUAUACAUAUGUUCCCUAAGAUAUUUAAGUGAUUAUGCGUAAAGAAUAGGAGAAGAAAAAAUAAAAUAAAGUGUAUAUAUAUACACAUAGCGAGGAGUGUGUUGAAGAUAAUUAGAAAAUAAAAUACAUUUUAACGAAAUACAAUCUCAUGAAUAGAAACAUUAGAAAUUAAGAAAAACAAAUUUUAUCUACUCACAAUGCUUAGUGAGUGGUGAUGAAAAUUCGUGUUCAACACAGAAUAAAAAAUAAAAGAUAAGAGAA